AUGAAGAUCCUCUUCUUCCUAUUCCUUGCCGGAGCUGCCCUGGCUAAGGAGUCCCCACUUAAAGCAAUUCUACGAUCACCCGUGGAAACUCUGAAGCUCUACAAUUCCUUUAAAGGCGAGCAGCAACUCUCUUUUCAAGCAGCUGAAGAUCGAAUGAGAUUCCGACUGUUCAGAAAAAGUGCGGAGUUUGUGGCAGAGGAAAAUUCUGUUGAAGGAGAGACGGCAGAGUUCGCUCUCAACUUCUUCUCUGCGUUGACUGAGUCCGAGAAACAAUCAUGGCUAGGGUUUAACGCUACCGGUGCAGAACCAAACCCUCUCCCUGAACUAAACUCUGGGCUUAAAAGUGAUAAGACCCCAGAUGAAAAACUGUGGACUGAUGAAGGUAAAGUGACCGCUGUAAGAAACCAAGGGGCAUGCGGAUCCUGCUGGACCUUCGGAGCAGUUGGUGGUCUGGAGACAAGGUACGCUAGAGUAGCUGGAUUUCUGAAGAGAUUCUCUGAGCAAGAGUUUCUGGACUGUGUUUACGAAGGAAGGAAAGAUGGGUGUAGGGGAGGUUGGAUGAAGGAUGCCUACGAAUAUUCAGCUCGAGCUGGAGGACGCCUCGCUAGGGCAGCAGAUUACCCAUACACUCAACGAGACGAGUACUGCCAGGCUUCCAGCAAGCCUGAUGCCAUGAUCGCCGCAAAGAUUUGGGGGAAUGUUGCAGUUGAACGAAGUGAGCAGUCUAAUAUCAAUGCUUUGGCAGACGGAUCUCUUGCUGUUGCCUUUCAGGUCACUGACAGAUUCCAAAGUUACAGCAAUGGAAUCUUGAAAGACGAGACGUGCAGGGGAUAUCCUAACCAUGCAGUUACUGCAGUGGGAUACACUAAGGACUACGUUCUGGUAAAGAACUCUUGGGGUGAAUACUGGGGAGAUGCUGGAUACGUGAAGUUUACACGAAACCACCACAACUGUCAUCUGUGGAACUUCAGCAGUUACCCUAGUCUAGUUCCUACUGGAAUAGUGGACGACGACAAAGCCCGACCCACAACUGGUCCGCGACCUGAUCCUAAUCCUAAUUGCAGAGAUAAUGACCCAAACUGCAUCAAGGAUUGGUGCGUAAACGCCUACAUUGUUAAGGAUCACUGUCAGAGGACCUGUGGUGCGUGUACUGAUGGUGGAGAUGAUGAUGGAGAAGAUGGCUGUCCUGGGGGCACGACACUGUGUCCUGAUGGAAUCUGCAGACACGAACACAUGUGUUAG